UUUGUACGUGCGAGUAUCCAUAAGCGAGGUCAUGUGCACCCCUCUGAGAGUUAUUUAUUCCUCUCCUUUCUGUAUCUCCGGGGCAAGAAGAUAAAUGUGUGCACCGAAAAGAAGGAAGCUCUUCCUGAUUUUAUAGUGUCACCACCCGGACAAGAACAGACGAAUGUGCAGGGGAUGUGGAAGGCAAUAUCAGGAAAUUCGACAUAGUUGUUUUGAAGAUAUUCUCACAGAGGCCCUUCAGUCAAAAAUGACAUAUAGAAGAGACAGAAGUAUACGAGAAGUGUAUGAUGAGCGCUUUAUACCAGAUAGGCCGGGUCCGUAUCCCCGGGUAGCUGGAGCAGUGGAAAGGAGAGGCCCCUUUGGCAGGCCAGAGGAUGACUAUGGUCGGGGUGGCUAUGAAUAUGAAGGAGGUCCCCGUUUUUACCCAAAUGGAGGUGGUCCCCGACCUUACCAUGAAGAUCAGAGGGGCUACCAAGGUGAUGGCCCUCAUUUUCCUGAACGCAGAGCCAUUCCACCAGCAAGGAGGGAGGACUAUCCUUACAGAGUGUCAAGGGAGGACCCACACGCAGGGCGGCCUUUGGAAUUUGGCGCCCGUGCACCACCACCUCAUAGUGUGCGAAAUCAGGGCAUCUAUCCAGCACCCAGAUCGCUCCCAGAAAGUGGAGAAGACACAUUAGUGCAAGCCAUCCGGAACCUGGACAGAGGGGAGGACAGAGACCCCUACAGGAGAAAGGCGGCCCUGUUUCCUCCCCUCAGAGAGCGUUCUCCAGUGCGCCGAGAGGUGGCCCGCUCCCCCCACAGUCGCUCCGGCUCCAGCGUAAGCAGCAGAGGAUACUCCCCAGACAGAGCCAAGAGCCUGCCUUUUCCCUCACAGCAAGGCAAGAGCGUGGACGGUCCAGAAGGUCACACAGGUCUUUCUGAGCAGCUCUGGGGGGCGCUCUAUCCUCAACAGAGUGGACCUGACACUUUGGGUUAUGAAGAAACUUAUUCUCUGAUCAAGAUUAAUGACAAAAUCCCCGGCCUGUCAAGAGAAGGCUCUCCACACAGUGCAACAUCUAAUAAGGAGGAGAUCCAUCCUCCAGAAGGAGAAAAAGAGGAGCCAGUGGUGGCUCCUGCCAUUGAAGAGAGCCAAAAGUCCACAGACAACUUUCAAGAGACGCGAGCUCUGGCCAUCGCAGCCAAAGCCCAAGAGAUAGAAAAGGUGUAUCGUCAGGACUGUGAAACCUUUGGGAUGGUGGUGAAGAUGCUUGUGGCUAAAGAUCCCAACUUAGAGAAACAGCUGCAGGUUCCCCUCAGGGAAAACCUUGGAGAGAUCCGCGAGCGCUGCCUAGAGGACCUCAAGCACUUCAUUAAUGAGCUGGAUGAUGUGGUCCGGCAGCCAGAACCCUCCACCUGUGACUCCGCCACACCCUCUACAUCCCUGACAGGACAUAAACUCUCAAAGACAGGAGUCAACCACAGCUCAUCUUACUGAUGCAUUAGCCUAAUCUGCUCCAUUAACGUCAGACCAAGCAUGGCGGAUUUAAGCAGCCUGGGUUUGGGAUUGCUGGACUGAAUAUUCUACAGCACAGCAACCUUAAGAAUUACUUGUCGCAAAAAUGAACAGUGUUAUUUUUGAACAGAUCAUUUUUACCCUCAAGGAAAUUACUAGAAAUAUUCCUAACGGUCGUUUUUCUGUUAAAAUGGUUUUUGUUUUGUUUUUAUAAAGGAAAUUCUUUAUUUAAAAUGACUCAAGUCUCACAUUGUGGAAAUGGUUCAUGCCUUGUUCAUUAUUUAACCUUGUCGGAUGUUUUUUUGCCAGUUUUCAAGCAUGAUCACACUUUUUUUUUUUCCAGUUAAAAAAAUUCUUCCUUUGUAGCAUUCACAUGUAUGAGUUGGUGCUGCUAAAUUUACAGUUCAACGUUGUAUAAAUUUGUACUGUCUACAAAUA